AAUAUCCUUUUAAUUAUUGUUUCAGCAAUGAAGGCUGCUCUUCUGAUACAGAGAUGGUAUCGGAGAUACUUAGCACGGUUAGAAGUAAGAAGAAGAUGCUCUUGGACCAUUUUUCAGUCUUUGGAAUAUGCUAACGAACAGGACCAACUCAAACUUCAGCAAUUUUUCAACGAUCUCUUAACCCACUUUUCUGCAGCCAAGCACACAUUAAGCCCUAUUAUAACUACGAGUCUUCAGCAGUCGCUUAGAGGACAACCGAAACAAUUAAUUUUGGCCGAACAAGAAGAUUUAGAAUUGUACGAAGCCACGAAACCGGAAUCGGUUAGAUUGGAAGAAUCGUAUCCAGGACCUCAUUUAAAAUCUCCACUUUCGGCCACCGACGUUACUAAUGUAGUCGAGGCUUUCAAACAACACAAGGUAUGUCCUCGUUUUUAUAUAUAAUAUUUUUCUAGAAUAUCUGAGCUUUUAAGCCAAAGAGAGCUUCACGUUUAUUCUAAAAUAU